UUGUUGUGUCGCUGGUAUAAUUUAUGUAACUAUAUUUUUGACUGUGAACAACUCAACCUUUUUACGUUGCAACUUCCAAGUCAUUUUGGAUUUAUCUACAGUAAACAUGUCGAACAUUAAGAUUCUGGACGGUGGUUUUGCGACACAAUUGUCGACUCAUGUUGGUGAAAAAAUUGACGGUGAUCCCUUAUGGACAGCCCGAUUUUUAGCAACAAAUCCUGAUGCAGUCUAUGCUACACAUUUAGAUUUUUUAAGAGCAGGCGCAGAUAUCAUAGAAACUAAUACAUAUCAAGCUUCAGUUUCCGGUUUAAUGGAACAUUUGUCUAUAAGUGAGGAGGAAAGUAAAAAUCUAUUACGAGAAGCUGUUAAUCUUGCCAAAAAAGCUGUCAAUGAUUACACUAAAGAAAUAUCAGGAAAUGAUGAAAUUAACAAUAAGAAUCCUUUGAUCGCUGCAUCUUGUGGGCCUUAUGGAGCUAGUUUACAUGAUGGUUCAGAAUAUAAUGGAGCUUAUGGUAAAAUUGUAUCACAUGAAACUAUGAAGCAAUGGCACAAAUCACGUAUUGAUGUUUUGGUAGAUGCUGGUAUUGACUUGUUAGCAUUAGAAACUAUACCUUGUUACCAAGAAGCAGAAGCUUUGGUUGAACUUUUACAAGAAUAUCCAAAUGUGAAAGCAUGGUUCUCAUUUUCUUGUGAAAGAAAUAGUAAAAAUUUAGCAGAUGGGACCAAUUUUCAGGAAAUAGCAACAUGCUGUUAUAAAACGGCUUUACCAGGGCAGAUAAUUGCUGUUGGUGUAAAUUGUCUUGCUCCUAAGGAUGUAACUCCGUUAUUAAAAAAUAUUAACGAAGGUGGAGGAAAUGAAUUUAUUCCAUUAAUAGCAUACCCCAAUAGUGGAGAAAUAUAUACUCCAACAGAAGGAUGGAAAUGGUAUGCAAUUUGUGAUACAGUCGAAAGUUUUAUUCAAGAGUGGUUAGAACUUGGGGUUCAGUACAUAGGAGGUUGCUGCAGAAUGUAUGCAGAAAAUAUAAAGUCCAUAAGGAAGGAAGUAAAUACUUUCAAGAAAAAGAAGCGAUAA